AUGGUCACCAGGAAACCUCUUCCAGCAAAUGCUACCCUGGACCCGGCAGUACGACGAGAACCCUCUUGGUCUUCCGCCAUGAACUCGGAGGCAAACAUGACAUGGAACGACGAGCGUGAGGGGCAGCAACGCCAGGGAGCGUCAGACGGACAAGCCGGUGAUGUGCCACGAUCUCUGAGGCCUGGUCAAAGCUUCUCCAACUUAACAGGCAUCGAGGACGACAAUGUUUGGGCUGAUAACAACCCGGAAGGGACCAAGUCUACCACUGGUGGAGAGCCAGGUGACAUUGGCCGAGUGCCUACCGUUUUGAGGCCCGGCGGCAAUGCCCAACCUUCGAGAUCCGGUGCGACAGAAGCCGACAAGGUAGGAGGCGACAUCAACCGGAUACCAACCAUACUGCGACCAGGGGGCUCCCACGGACAUCCAGAAACUAAUCCGUUCAAGAAAAAGAUGCCAGGAAGUACAUCAGCCAACGAAGGAGAAGACACAAUCCCGGCACAACCAGCAUAUUCACCACCCGUACCGCCUGUGCUAUUCCCAUCCUUUUCAAACUUGAGCAUAUCAGAAGGUCCUGAACAAAGCAAGAACCCUUGGCAACCUUCACCGAACCACCAAGGAAACCUCGCAGCACAACGGUCGAUUCCAGAUUUGCAACAGAGCCACACUGGAGGAGACCCGUGGAGGUCUCCAACCCCAUCUCAGCAGCCUGCCCCUGGACCCUCAACGAGCCCACCAACAUUGCUCUCACUACCCUCUGAUGAAGAUCCUGCAAAGUGGGACGAACAGCGUUCACAAAAAGCUCCCGAGCUUUUACCAGGGAGGGCACCCGCAAAACCGCCUGCUACUACGGGGGACGACUGGAACUUGAUCGAUAUCGACACACGCCCUGGCCCUCCAUCACGAAGGAGUACUUGGGAGGAUUUCGGCGACGACGAUGAGAGCUCUCCUAAGCCGGUCACGGAGAAUAACAUUCCAGCACCUGUCGCGCCUCCGACAAUGGGAGCUGUUGUGCCUCCUACACCUCCUCUUGCUGUGCCUUCUACAACAUCUACCGUGCCCCCUAAUUCGACGUCUGCCGACGAACCAGCCCCACCACUCCCCGAGAGAAGAGCGGAAGAGAGUGCACCUGAGUUACCACCUAGGUCUGCUGAAACGCAGGCUAGUUCAUCUUCGCAACAACUACGCCAGGUUGACAGAUCCGAGACAUACCAAAUCAAGAGAAUCAACUGGUAUGACGCCACAGCGGAAACCAACCCGAGGACAUCGCCGAUUCUGAUCCAGAAUGCGAAUGGACCUUGUCCGCUUCUUGCGCUUGUCAACGCUCUCAUCCUUUCUACCCCGGCGCAUCAGGACAACACGGUCCUAGUGGAGACGCUUCGGUCACGAGAGCAAGUCAGUCUCGGGCUGCUUAUUGAUGCUGUCUUUGACGAACUAAUGUCUGAACGACGACUGGGUGAAGACGCCGUUCUACCGGACAUUACCGAACUCUACAACUUUCUGCAGAGCCUUCAUACGGGCAUGAAUGUCAACCCACGCUUUGUCCCGACUAAGCAAAUGGAAGACGCCUUCAACCGGACAUCGCUCAGCGAUCUGCCUCCAACCGAGAGGAGCGGUCGAGUCCCCGGGACUUUCGAGAAAACGAGAGAGAUGAGACUCUAUUCCACUUUCUCUGUGCCCCUGAUACAUGGAUGGCUUCCGCCCAAGAAUGAUUCGGCCUAUGGGGCUUUCGAGAGACAAGCGGCGUCGUAUGAUGACGCCCAGAACCUCAUGUUCCGUGAAGAGGAGCUGGAAGCUAAGCUGAGCAGCCCUGAUGAACAGGGCUUGACCGAAAAUGAGCAGCAAAUGCUCCAGGACAUCUUUGCCAUCAAAGAUUUCUGGAAAACAUCUGGCACACAACUUACAACAUGGGGACUUGACGUCAUUAGCAGUUCGAUGAAGCCAGGAGCUGUGGCGAUCCUCUUCCGGAACGACCAUUUUACCACCCUGUAUAAGCACCCACAGACAGGGAAACUCAUGACCCUUGUCACGGAUGCAGGCUACGCCACCCAUGACGAGAUAGUAUGGGAAUCGCUAGUGGAUGUGAAUGGUGAGCGAGCCGAGUUCUUCUCUGGUGACUUUCGCCCUGUCGGCGGCGCUUCACACGACCCUGGCAACAAUUUUGGUAACUCAGGAGAGGGUAGUGGGUGGACGACGGUUCAAGGCCGUAGGGGACGGGCCCAGAGUGGGGAUGUGCAAGAAGAUGCCUCAACAUCUCCGUCCCAUGAACAGGAGGAUCACGACCUUGCUCUGGCACUGCAACUACAGGAAGAGGAGGAACAACGUCAUAGAGAAGAGCAGGACCGUAGACGCCGGGAACGAGAACUUUCGGAGCAGUUCAUCGAGCAGCAAGCACGCACCUCGAAUGGACAGCAGAGCCAGGGCCACGGACAAGGCCAAGCCCGUGGCGGUAGCCGUGGUGGAGGGGGUAGCUUACGGGACGGCAGAGGCGGCAGUACCGCAACUCUUGGGAGCCAACGGCCAGCGGCCUCAGCAUCGCGCAGCUCACUAUCGGUUGCUUCCACGGCUCCAUCUACGCGCCGAAGCAACAGCUCGGUGAAUGUCUCUGCGAACAACGGUGGAGGAGCUAGCCCGAUAGCGAACAGAAACGGGGCCAGAACCUCGGGUCAGACUGUGAGGUCGCUCAUUCCUCCUCUUCCUGGUCAACAACCACAGCCUUUCACAAAUCGUGCACCGGAUGAUGGAGUAGAAGAUGCUCCGCCGAGCUAUGAUGUGGCUGCUACACAGGCACCGUACAUUCCUCCAGAAGGGCAUCCCAGCCAUCCCUCAAGCAGCCCUACCGCGGCUCGCGCGGAUGUUGCUACCGGACCUGGAGCCGCUCCUCCUCGUACCGGAGCAACAAGUCCUCCCCAAAGGUUGGGCUCGACCGCGAGUUCAAUGGGAUUGAGAAACCCGUCACAGGCUCCUGAGCCUUCAUCCAUUGGCCAGGCCAAUAGACCUCAGUCCGGGUUUCCUGAUAAGUCGUCGGCCGAGCGGCCAACAAAGAGGAAGAUGACGACUACUGUAGGCCUAAUCGACAAUUGGUAUCCUCCAACGAGGGAGAAUUACGAUCUCAUUCUUUCCCUGUGGAAGUGGUUUCCCGUGGCCGCCUCCAUUCAAUGGGCCACCUCCUGGUACGGAAUGGGCAAGACCUCAGUCACCAGCCGCCUCAACUUGCCCGGCCGGAUUGGCUGGCUCACCAUGGAAGCGCCCGGCUUCAUGACCCUUCUCUACAUGAUGCGCACCCUUCCCGCCCAGCGCGGCUUCACUCUUAGCGACCUCCCCUGGCAAAACAAAGUUCUCGCCGGCCUCUUCGUCAUCCACUACUCCUACCGCGCUAUCGCCUUCCCAUUCUUGCAGCCCAGCAUGGCGCCCAUGCACAUCAUCGUAUGGCUCUCCGCGUUUGGCUUCCAGAUCAUCAACGGAACCCUCAUCGGCUCCUGGCUGGCCGCCUACGGUCCUACGAGCCACGCGGCAUGGGCCAAGCAGCUAUCCAGCUCGUUCCCCACCCUUCAGUUCACCUGCGGAAUCGCGCUCUUCUACGUCGGCCUGAUGGCGAAUUACUACCACGACGACGAGCUGCGGGAGAUCCGACGCCGGGAAAACCGCAGGCAGGAGAGGCUGGCGAAGCAGAAUGGGCAGCAGGGACAGUCGGGCAAGAAGGUGGAGAAGCACUACGAGAUUCCCAAGGCGGGACUGUUCAAGUGA